AUGAACCAUGGGAUUUUUUAAAAUGUGAAUAACUGUCAGGAUCAUGUGAUGACAUGUUUACAUAUUGUAGGAUUUUAUUUGGUCGAAUGAAAUUUAUUAAGAGUGUUAAAAAUCUUUUAAUAGUUGGUAAUUCCAACCUGGUUGUAUAAUUUGGUAAGGGAGUAACGAUAAAUUGUAUUAUGAGUGUAGAAGAUAAAGAAAGUCCACGUAACUCACCUGGCGGACGAAGUAAAGACAAGCAUAAAACUCCAGCCGUUGAAACUUUAGGCUCGCAGUAUGCAUUGCAAGUUGCACUUCAGACUAUGAAAGAGCGAUGCCAGCAACUUCAGCAAAGGUUGGCAGCUGAAGAAGAGGAGAAUUUGAGGUUACGUAUGACACUGACCAGUGUGAAAAAUUUAUCUGGCGACGAAAAUGAAAGUGACGAUGAAAAGAUAAUCUUACGUUCUCCUCGGAGAGAAGUCACAAGUUCGGAAGAAAAGAUUGCUAGAUUGUCAAGGCAAAAUUCUCAAUUAAGGCAUCACUUGUUCAUGGUUGCAUCAGAAAAUAGACAGCUGUGGUGUAGGCUUUCAUCAUUGACGGAAGCAAAUCAAUCAUUAGGGAAUCAACUGUCCAAAAUCUCUCUCUCACUACCCGGCGACAACUCCGUUAGCAAAAUACCAGAAACUGGAAACACUGCAUGUAUGCUGGGCACACUCGACAAGGAUAAAAUGAUUCAAAAUAAAGAUGGUGACAAUAUGUUAUCAGUGCAGUUGGGUGACAAUAAGAUUAUUCUGCCAUCUUUUGCAGUUGUUAAAUCGCAAGGUUCAGAAGAUCAAAGCCUGGAGGAAAUGUCUAUUAAACUACUAAAGAACUUGCUGCAGGAAAAAAUAGGACUUGAACAACAGUAUGCAGAGAUGGUGAAGAUGCACAGCGAGACGUCGUCGUUUGCCAUCCCGAACCUGGACUUUGGCUACCUGGAGGACUGCGACGAGUCCACGUUGGAGCAGCUGAGUGCCCACCACGCCAAGCUGUGCGAGCUCAAGGCCGUGCUGGAGGCCCAGCGCAGCAAGCUGAGGGUCGCCUUGGAGAGCGUCGGCGCCCGCAGGACCGGCGAGGCGUGCUGCGAGCACGUAGAGAAGGCCACGAUGACGGAGGCUGUCGCGGACGCAGGCGCGGCGACGACGGCGGAGGCUCGCAAGUGGCGGGACGACGACCUGGCCUGCUGCUCCGCGGAGUUGCGGCAGCAACUGGAGCAGGUGGCGGAGCCCCCCGGAGACGCCGCGGAGGUACGCAUGUGCCCGCUGUGCCGGAGGCUGUACGACAUGUCGGCGUCGACCUUCGACGACUUCGCGCAGCACGUGUAUGCGCACUUCCAAUCCGAGGAGGCGGAUCCCGCGCUCGACAACUUCGAGGUCAUCCAGGAGUAGACGUCCGUCGGCUCCUGGCUCGGAACAACCUGCUCCUGGACAGCGGUGGAGGCCAGGCUGGACUUACCUUCCAUUUACACGUGUGGAGGAAAUACUGUGCGUACGAGAAUCCCCCUCGGUAAUAAUAAGUGCAAAGAUUUGAAUUCAAACAUUUAAAUAGUAACACUUUUAUCUCUCACGUAUCCAAUUAAUACGUACAGUGGUAAAUGGUAGGUAUAAUGGAUAUGACUUAAAAAAUCUGAAUUUCAGUUACACAACUUUAGUUUAUCCACGUGCAGUAAGAACACUGAUAAAAUAUAAAAGCUGGCUGUGUGUGUUUUAAGUCCCAUCAGUGCCGCUAUAUGGGUCCACACGAGCUGGCAGCUCCUAGCUCGGACAUGAUGUGUUGAUUGUCCGGUACAAGGUUCAAGCUUAAGUACGGUAUUCUGUACUCGAUGAUUGUGAUAGUGUGUCUACACUUGUGCUAUAUCGUCAUUUGUCCUCCUACAGAAACAUGCAGACUAAGAAUCGGUGUGUGAUUUUUAGUGAAGUUCACUUUGUACUGUAUAAUAGUAGGUAAUGCAUUUGCAGUACCGUGUUUUCUCGCAUAAUCGUCGCACAUUUUAUUCUAAAAUCAAGUUUGAAAAGUAGGGGUGCGACGAUUAUGCGAUAAGAGGGUAUUUUGAUUUUACUUAGACUGUUUUUAUUGUGUGUAUGUGCACAUGGUUGAGUUUGUCGUAGUUGCGGAUAUCACCCCCCCCCCCCCCCUGUGAUGCUGGUUUGCGUUCAGUACUCGGGUCGGGGUUCAGGCCUGUGGCGGGGGGCCAAACACAACUAUCCACACUACAAUAAAAAGGUUGCCUGUUUGGAUGCAACUUAUUUAAUUAAUCCCUCACACAGUCCCUUUACAUGGGGCUACCUGCAGCACAACACCCGUCCCUCCGCGGAGUGAAGCUCGGCUGCAUGUGUUUCGGUGGGCAGGCCCCUAGUGCGGGCUGCCCCCCGUGGUCUCGUGGUUCGUUCGUACGAAAGACUAGGGGGUCGUCCAUUAAUCACGUGAUGUUUUUUUUAGCAAAUUUUAAACCCCCCUUCCCCCCUAGUGAUGUGUGGUGAGGUUUUAGACUACCCCCCCCCCCCCCCCCCCCCAACAAAUCACGUGUAUUUUUUCGGUACAAAAUAUUUUUAAAAAAUUCAGAAUAAUAUCUUUAAAUAUAGGUAUAAUCUAAUUUAAUUAUGGAAAAUUAAGCACAGCAUGUAUAUUCGGCGCCAAAAUCACAGUCUUACUGGCGACUGGCAAGCCGAGCCGGGCGGGGAUAUUGUUUCCUGGCUACGGCGAGUCAAGGUCACGCGUCGCUUUUCGGUUUAGUAGAAAUCGCGUGAAAAAAUAAAUACACGUGAUAUCUCUCUACACCCCUCCUCCCCCCUUGUGAUAUUUCGUGAUUUUUCCGAAACCCCCCCCCCCCCUUUCGAGCCUCACGUGAUUAAUGGACGAUCCCCAGCUAUGGCCCCUUCUCGAUGAUAGCUGGGAGAAAGUUAUGUUAGGAUGUCGGCGACUGAGACAUGAAGUCCGUCUCGCUACGGUAGUUACAUGCGCGCUGAUAUGCGCAAUGUCUUGUCGCAAAAAACCCUUAUAAACAAUUAGAAAUAAAUACAAUUAUGUUUCGCGGCAUAUCACACGUAGUCCUGAACUCCCCACUUCUCACGCUUGGUCUCACCAGUCGCUGCUCUUCGACCCGGGCCUCCUCGCACAUCCGCCUCAUCCAGUCGCCAGAUGCCUACUGCCCCUCUCCUGCCGCGCGUCAAGCAUCUCCGCCCGUCCUCCCCCCACUCCGCGACAUGUGGAGCGCUCAGAGAGAUUCCGGGUGUUGGCCUCAGCUUCGUCGCCCGGUGGACAAAGUUGCGUAAAUGUUUGACAUAUUCCUUGGAAAAACAUAUAAUAUAAUCAUUAAUACUACAAAAUAUUACGUAAAUACCAUUAAACAUAUUAUAUAUUACAUAUAGGUACGUUCUUGUUCCGUCGUAACGUUUGUAAUACACAAUUAACACAAUAUCACUUAUCACACUGCACGGGGCAGGGGUGGACCAGGGGUUGGCGUAGCAUAACGGUCUUUAUGAGCAGGGGAGACACUUGGAUCGACGUCAAGUUAACAGGUUAAAACCCUAAUUUUUAUGCAGUCUAGGACACUAGAAAAUAUAUGGACAAAUUUAUACCCAAAAAUCGAUAAAUUAAUUAAAAUUGGUAAUAAGGGGGAGGGGGUGAGACAUGGAUGGCUUGUUCCUUUUUUUUUAAUUUGUCAUUUCACAUAAAAUUAUCCAGAAUUCACAACUAUACUAGAUACUCAUUAUACAUAUUAAGAAUUAUAGCAGUUAUAAAUAUUAAGGUAGAAAUGCCUGGAUAAGAGAAACAAUUUUUUUGGCAGCAGUGGCAAUGUCAUUGUAAAAUUUACAUAGACUCUACAGUGAAUACAUCUAAAGAACAACUAUUGUUUUUCACUGAGAGGGGUUUAAGAACGUUGAAGCCACUGAUAAAUACCUGCAAAUUACUGUAAGACGAGCUAAAGACUGAACAUUCUUCUGCCUUUUUCAUAGAAUAUAAUUCAUUAAUGUGAUCAUCUGUCAAAUUGUAUUGUAAGUGUAAGGUCAUGCCGUGUGUACAGUAUCUUCUAUGUAUUUUAAAAUCAAAAUAUUUUGUAGCAAUUUUAAAUAAAAUGUAAAUAAAUAUUGUGAGAGAGACUGUUUUGGUGUGUGAAAAGCUUUGCGUUGAAUUGCUAGUAGUAAGUGUAUUUAAGAGGUUUUUGUUUUGAUGCUCAUUACACGAUCUUGGAAGAAACAUACGU